AUGGAGAGACUUCUGUUCCAGAGAGACGCAGGUUGUCGGCGGAAAAAGAGUCGUUUUGCGUGCGCCGAACUCGAGUCUCUCUUCCAGCAGUACAACCUGCGACUGGAGCAAACGGCCACGCUGAAGGCGCUUCUCGUGCUCAUCCUGGCCGCGUCUGCCCUGGCGCUGGCGGAGCUGCUGUCGGGGGGAGCGAGCCUCACGGUGUCCAAAGGAUCCCACGCGGUCCACUGUGUCAUCUUCACCUCGCUCUUCAUCGUGGCCAACGUGCGCGAGCUGCAAGCCACGCAGCUGCAGCAGAUCGCGAGGCUCGCGCUCCUCUUCAGCUUCACGUUCGCCCUGCUCUGUUGCCCGCUGCCUCUCACGGUCGACCUCGUGCCUUCUCAAGGUGGAGGAGGCGGGCAGGAGAGCGUGGCCACCCCGGCACCAGACCAGGGCAUGUGGCAGCUGAUGCUGGUGACGUUCAUAGCGUAUUCCCUGCUUCCAGUGCGCGUGUUAUUUGCGCUGCUUUUCGGGAUUGCUUUGGCACUGGCUCACCUCACCGUGACCGCGUCCUCGGUACCUGGACAGAGACAACUAUGGAGACCGGUCCUUGUGAACAUGCUGCUGUUGGCUGUGGUGAACUUGAGUUGUGUGUUUGUGCGUGUGCGGACUGAGCAUGCCCAGAGAAAGGCCUUUCUGCUGGCCCGAGACUCCAUCCAGCACCGGCUCACACUGGAGGACGAGAACGAGAAACAGGAACGCCUCCUCAUGAGUUUGUUGCCAAGAAACGUCGCCAUGGAGAUGAAGGAGGACUUUCUGGCUCCGCCUGAUAGAAUCUUCCACAAGAUCUACAUCCAGCGCCAUGACAACGUUAGUAUCCUGUUUGCUGAUAUUGUGGGUUUCACAGGCCUGUCCUCCCAGUGUACGGCUCAGGAGCUGGUCAAACUCCUCAAUGAACUCUUUGGCAAAUUUGACGAACUCGCCACAGAGAACCACUGUAGGAGGAUUAAGAUCUUGGGUGAUUGCUACUACUGCGUGAGUGGCCUCACCCAGCCCAAAGCGGACCACGCACACUGCUGUGUGGAGAUGGGGCUCGACAUGAUCGACACCAUCACGUCAGUAGCGGAGGCCACGGAGGUGGAUCUGAACAUGCGUGUGGGUCUGCAUACGGGCCGGGUGCUGUGUGGCGUGCUGGGACUCAGGAAGUGGCAGUAUGACGUCUGGUCCAAUGACGUCACCCUCGCCAACGUCAUGGAGGCCGGGGGACUGCCUGGUAAGGUGCACAUCACCCAGGCCACUCUGGAGUGUCUGAAUGGGGACUACGAGGUGGAGCCAGGGCUGGGUCACGAGCGGCACGCCUACCUCAGCAAGCACGCCAUACAGACCUUCUUCAUCGUGCCCUCGCACCGACGCAAGAUCUUCCCGGGCCUCAUUCUGUCGGACAUUAAGCCCGCCAAGCGCAUGCGCUUCAAGACCGUCUGCUGCCUGCUGGUGCAGCUCAUGCACUGCAGGAAGAUGUUCAAGGCUGAGAUCCCCUUCUCCAACGUGCUGACCUGCGAGGACGACGACAAGAGGCGUGCCUUGCGGACGGAGAAGGUGCGUAGCCGUACCUCCUUCUCGGUGGGCGUGGUGCAGAACUCCCCGGAGACGCGCGUCAACCGAUACAUCAGCCGUCUGAUCGAGGCCCGCGAGACCGACACACACGCACACCUGCACUACGUAACGCUGUCCUACAAAGACAAGCAGAGGGAGAUGGGGUAUCAGGAGGUGUGUGAUGAUCAUGUGAUCAGUGCUGUGGGUCUCUCCUUGCUCCUCUCCACUCUCUUCGGCCUCAUCUACCUUCUCAUUAUCCCAGGGAAGUUCCUGGUAGUGAUCCUGCUUCUGGUGCUGAGUGUCUGCUUCCAUUCCUCCUUCGUCAUGUACCUGCACAUCACACACAUACAGUGUGCUCCUGGUUGCCUGACUCUGCGUAUUCGCACAGCGCUCUGCAUCUUCCUGGUCGUCCUCACCUACGCCAUGACACAAAGCUGUGUGGCCACCAGUCUUCCAUGGUCCUGGAACGGCAACAACAGCAGCAACAGCAGCACUUCCUCCUCCUCCUCUUCCUCCGUGGCGAUAGUUACCGUGGGCAACAGCACACGCGUGUGCGGCGCGUGCGAGCGUAUCCAGUACACGCUGCUGUCGUGCGUGUGCGCUCCGCUCAGCGCCACUCUCUUCCUGCGCGUCUCCUCGCUUCCCAAGAUCCUCCUGCUCCUCCUGCUCGGCACCAUGUACCUCUUCAUCAUGGAGGCUAGCAGCUACCGCCACGCCAUCGGUGGCUUGCUGCAUGGCCGUGCCUUCGACUCCCUCCUGGCGAUGCUGCUGUUCUUCGGGGCGCUGGCUCUGCACUGCCGCCAGCUGGACCUGAAACUACGACUCGACUACCUCUGGGCCACACAGGCGGAGGAGGAGAGGAAUGAUAUGGAGAAGGUGAAGCUGGACAACAAGAGGAUCCUCUUCAACCUCCUGCCAGCUCACGUGGCCCAACACUUCUUGCUCUCCAACCCACGCAACAUGGACCUGUACUACCAGUCGUAUGCUCAGGUGGGCGUCCUGUUCGCCUCCAUCCCCAACUUCAACGACUUCUACAUGGAGCUGGAUGGGAACAACAUGGGGGUGGAGUGCCUACGCCUGCUCAACGAGAUCAUUGCUGACUUCGAUGAGCUGAUGGAUAAGGAGUGCUACAGGGGUAUUGAGAAGAUCAAGACCAUAGGCAGUACGUACAUGGCAGCAGUGGGCCUUGUGCCUACCACCGAUUCACAGGUGAAGAAGAGUGUCUCUGAUCAUUUGUGUAUGGUGGCUGAUUUCGCUAUGGAGAUGUUUGAUGUCCUCGAGGCCAUCAACUACCAGUCCUACAACGAGUUUGUGCUGCGAGUGGGGAUUAAUGUGGGGCCUGUGGUUGCCGGGGUGAUUGGUGCCAGGCGACCACAAUAUGACAUCUGGGGCAACACUGUCAACGUGGCCAGCAGAAUGGACACCACUGGACUGCCCGGAAAAGUACAGGUGACGGAGGAUGUGUUUAGGCUCUUGCAGGGUCACUACGAGUUCAUGUGCCGGGGCAAGGUCACGGUGAAGGGCAAAGGGGAAAUGCUCACCUACUUCCUGGAGGGGCGGGACCUGCAGAACAGCAGCAGCAGGGCCAGUGGCAGCAGCAGAGCCAGGCCCCGUUGCCCCACUGGUGAAGAGGGGGGCUCGGGGGGCCCGUGUGUGACGGUGGUACGGACAGGAAGCACCUACUCCAUGAGAACGCACGCGCGUGUCCACCCACCUGCUGCCCUACCCAAUAUGGUGGCCACCGGCACGGCCGCCGCCGCUGCUGCCUCACCCAACAGCUCCAUCCUCUACCUGCCCUCCGCUGCCGUCUCCCUCACCGUGGACGUUUGA